UAGUGCAUCUAUUGUAUGCAUUUGAGAAAGUUUUCAUACCGUAGAAGGCGAUACUACGGCUGUCAAAGGUAUCCAAGCUCGUUAAAGUCCUGCUCGCUUUCCCAGUUUCCUCCAAAACAUUGUGAUAAUUCUAAUAAAAAUAUGAAUAAGUCUCCAGUAAAGGAUCCUGAAGAGGGAUCCUCUAGCAGCGGCGACGAAUAUAGCAGCGGCAGCAGCAGCAGUGGCAGUCGCAGCAGCAGCUGCAGCGAUGGUAGCCGCAAGAGUUUCUCGGUCCUGGCCAAGCCAGUUUACCCUGAGAAGCUGGAAAAUGCUGAUUCCAAUUGUAAUGUCUUGGUCCAGCCAGUAGCCGCCGAGACAGACGAUCGUGAGGCGAAACUUGAAGAGAUGGUUGAGCAGGUUGAAAAGUAUUGUAAGGAUAAGUAUCAGAGUAAACUGUCCGCCGAGUUCAAGGCUGAGCUACCAACAAUCGAUGGUAAUUUGGUAAGUGAUCUUGACCGGGUAUUGCGUAUGCCACAUUUUAUGCCCGUCGAGCCGAAAGCUUACGAGGCGCAUAGCUUUAAGGAUGCGCUGCGUCCAGAAGAUCUUAACGACCGGGAAGCCCGUGACGCAUUUAUUACCAAACUGAUGACCACUGUGCGCUGGCGCGAGUGCCAGGAUAAGACAACCGGCGCGCUCUACAAAGAAUCCAACGCGCGCAUCGUACGCUGGUCCGAUGGCUCGGAAACUUUUCACGUUGGCGGCGAGGCUUUCGAUGUUGUGAACCAUCCCAUGCCCGCAGGGCAGAAUCAGCUGUAUGUGCGUCAGGGCAGUUACUAUCACAUGCAGGGCCCCAUCAAGGAUAAGCUGUCGCUGCGGCCCAAACUAGAGUCGAGCUUUGGCCAAAGCCAUGUGCAGGGCUUGCGCAAACUUGCAUUCUAUAAGCCAGUCAAUAGCUGUGUGAAGGUACUCAUGGAUCUGAGCACAAAUCCUGCGCUCGAUCGCGAGCGUAAAGCCAAGGAGGAGCAGGCUCAGGAGCGCAAGGAGAAAUCAGACAAGCGUCGCGAGCAGAAGAAUCAACGCAAGCCCAGGGUGAAGCCCAUGCGUCACUGCACGGCUGAUGAUACCGAUAUGGAGACAUCUAUACAGACACAUGAAACCGAAGGCGAUCGUAAUCUCGAUGAACAGGAUGAGAAUCCAAAUCCUGUGGCUGUGCCGCCAGAAGUCAAACGUACUCCAGGCAUACGCACCAAUCGCAACACAGACAUUAAGCCAACAAAGUACGAAGAUGGAAGCGACGACGAUGAUGAGGAUGAGGAGGAUCAGAAUAAUAAUCCGGCAAACAAAGGAGAAUCUGUAGAACAACCGAAAUUAAAACCUGAGACCAAUACAAAAUCGAGUGCUAAACAACUCAAACCCAAACUUAAACGCAAACAAGCAAUCCUUAGUGAUUCCGAAUAAAUUUGACACAAUUCCACAAUA